GUUUCUUUGUGUCUAACUUGCAUACCUAGACCUACGUCUACGAACGUAGUACUAAGUUUUUAACAUUAAUUGCUCCUCGUUCACUUACUUAAUAAAGUUUCUUGAAGUUGUCCCCUGUUGUUAUUGAAAAAUCUCUAUUGCUAUCUCUUCAAUUUUAUUUUCUAGUCGUAGUCCUCCCCUUGCAUUCAUUAUUGAUUUCCAUCCACCUCCACCAGCACUUCUUCAUCAAAGAAAAUGAAGUUUCGUGUGCGGAGAAGAGUUCGCCUCGUGAUGGGAAUCAGGGGGUUGUCCCUUGUCUCUGCCGCCAGUCGCUUUUUUACCACUGCACGGACAGGUCUGGCAUCAUCCAUGGGAAGUACAACUUCGUUGGGUGGUGGCAUUCUAGGAAGCAUCUCCGGUAAGAAUAUGUUGGGUCCUCGUGGUUGCAAUGCUAUCCCUGCUGCUGCUGGAGGUGCGAGCAAUGCGAGUGCUGCUGCCUCAUGUUCAUCUACCACAGGACGUCGAGUUCCUAACUGCAUUGAUGUCGCUACGACUAGAGCGUCAUCCUCAUCCUCUACCGGUAUGCCAUUAGGACCUAAUAUGGCUUUUCUGAAGAUUCGUCGUCCAGUUUCGUCCAGUUCCCCACCUUCAGCAGCUGACACAUCUGGAGAUUAUUCAAGUGUAACAGCUGCCUCACCUUCUACUGGAGCAACACAACUUGGCGCCUACGUCGUGGGUGGAGGAAACUCAUCCAGAUCGUCCUCCACUAGUGCCUCUUCAGGUGCCGCCAGCACCUUCAGAAAUUAUCUUUACUUAUGAUGAUUACCGUUUUGAUUGAUUAAGACUAUGUUCUUCGUUCGCAAACUACUACAACUACAGAACAAUACAUCGCAAGUUUGUUCUUAGAAGCAGCGUGAGGACAACUUACUAGAGCCACGACCAUUGAUUCUUAUUGGUUCUCUCUCUUCUUGUUCUUCCCCACCUAUCGUCCCCUUUUAUCUUCAUCUGCUCGCGACUCUCAAGGGCACCGUGUUGUGGCUGAUACGCACGAUGAGAAGUUGCGAGAAGCACUGAUCACACAGUACCGAAAUAUGGUGGCAUUGGGGCGAGAGGAAGUCGAUGCAGAAUAUAAAAAAUCUUUGGCUGCGGACUUGAAGAAGAGUUAUGCUUGUACUCUGUAUUAAACGAGGAUCUUUAUCUUAAAUUAUUUGUGUUUGUCCUAGGAGUAAGGGCUCCACCCCAUCAAUCUAUUAUACGAGGAUCCGUGGAGCAUAGUCGAUGGAUCAGCUUCACCAGAAUGACCACAAGGUCAGGAACCAUGGAUGUUGUGAUAAAAGCUCAGUCACCACCUUGUGUAAGGUCGAAGCAGCGGCAUCCUAAUCCUAUUCCUAUCCUAAUGAUCUCCUAGCGACCUUUCUCCUCGAUCUCCGAGCGUUGUCGUCCCGGUGGAGUCCGAAUGCGCUGGCAUGGCUGGCAAUGGAGGAAAAGGCUCCUUCGGAAAAAACUCAAGAGUAGAAUGUGCGUCAGAGCUGGCAUACGGAGAAGCUUGUCUGUCCUGUUCAACAACGUCUACAACUACCGACCAGAAGAUAAAAACUGCUGCAACUGCAGCGGACGCAGCUUCAGAAGGACAUGCAGCUGUGGUCAACAGCACAUCAUCAGGUCUCGAUGAAAGGUCAGAGGAAGGACAAAAGCAGAUCAGAUGGUUCUUCAAGUAUUUUUUACAUCAACAAGCUGAGGAUCUGGCAGAGGCAGAGAGUCGAUUGUUGACCAGUGCAGCAGAGCAAAGUCUCGCGGCGUCUGUGUCUCCAACGAGGAAAACCUCUGAAAAUUUCUAUGUUGAAACGAGCAUGGAAACAAUGGAAACGCCAGAGCAGUCCUCAACAUCGGAACAAGCUGAUUUUGUUCACGAAUUUCCAGGAUCACAUCACGAGAAGCUCUAUAAAAGUGGAGUUCCUGCGGAGAUCUUCAGUAGACUACCACACCAAGAGAUGAACCAGCAGCACCAACAUGUAUGAGCAGGAAAAGUGUACUCAACAUACUCAGAUGAAAUCUGAUUUAGCUACUUUUGUUAUUGUACUUCAAAGCUUGCUAGCUAAUUUCAUGAGGACGAUGUGUACACUCUUUCCUGUCAUAUUAACAGGGACUACAGGAAUUCGAAGCUUUGACGAGAAAGACUGAUAACGAGACAACGGUGCUCACACCUUUGCAUCAAAAAGCAGAAGCAAGAGAAGCCUCUCUGGUUAAGGCGUAAUAAUCGUGUGGUCAACAUGAAGAAAGAUUCAUGAGGUCGUCAGCAAAAGUAGAAAUACAACAAAUAGUUCACUUGAAGUGAAUUCUUCCGACCCGCCCCAGUUGUACCUCUAAUCUAUCGCCCUUUCACACGCAUCAACAGAAAGAGAAAGGAUUAUAUGUCGGCACCCAUGCUGAGGAGGCCUCUCUGGAGAUACAACCUCAUCAAGGACAACAACAAGUUCUUCUUGCACCUUUGUUGAGUGGAGCCACUGUAGUUGUGGAUUCGGUCGCUAUCCUGAGCGCUUUGCAUGUGCCCGGUUGGCGUGGACACAAGAUCAGUGUCAAAAAAUUAGAUGCUGGUUUGACUAAUAAACUCUUUCGAUUACGGCUCCCUACCGCUGAUGCUGAUGCAGGUCCUGCUUAACACCAUGAUAAUUAUAAAUCCCCACUCGUCCAUAGUCUUUUUCUCCAACUUGAAAAAAAAGCCACCAAGGUGGAUUUCACUCUCAACGAAGAUGCGAACGACACAUAUUCUUUAUGUUGACAGUACUGACAUAGACAUCCUAACAUCCUAGACCUAGUCCUGAGUCCUGACACUCCUAGACCAUUUUUUUAUAGCCCUAAUUCGAGUAACAAAUGUAGACGUAGAAGACACGGUUUUGUUCCGCAUCUACGGGCGUGGCGUUUCCGCUUUCUACGAUCCGGAAGGGGAGAGGCAUAUCUUCGAAUUCCUCAGCGACAACAAGAAGUUGAGGCUAAUAAAAUAGCAGUAGCGUGUAUGAAAUAUGCAUUUUUAAAUAAUUGGCAGCAGAAAGUUCUGAGUUCUAGGCUCAGACCGUUUUUCAUUUGCUGUAAAAAGAAUAUCAGUACUUUGGUCUUCCUCGGUCUACCUUAUCAUUUUGAAUUGCCAAGUAGCGCCGUGGCAGCGGCCAUGAAUCGUGGCUCCCGUUGGCUACAUCCUUGAUAGUAUAUCAGUCGGUCUUCUUGCUCUUCUAUUUAGAAGGUACAAAAUGACUGAACGACCUCAUACCCAUUUGACCACAUGGACCACGAGGCAACAUGACAUGGCAUGUUCUUGAUUGUUGAGCCUGACGGGCAUUGUCGCAAUCAGUGUUUUGGCCCAGUGGACGGACCACACUUGAUAGUUAGUUUUGUCUUCAAGCUCACCGAAGUCCGACGAGGCUACAAUAAUAAACUGAGACUCACUGACUUGUUGAUAGCUCUGCGCUUUUUUAAGAUUCAUGUUUUCUUGCUUUCCAUCGUGAUCGUCUAAACAAAAUUGGUCCGAAAUUGAUAGCGAAAGGAUCAGGCUGGCGCAUAGAGGAGUGGCUGCCGGGAACCCCUGUCGCCACAAAUGAAAUGGGAAAUAGAGACAUUUUAGAGAAGGUACUAAUUUUUGAUGAAGUUCUUGUUUUAUGAUUAUGGUACGAAAAUAAAAAGAGCAUUGUGUCUAUGUCUAGGUCAUCAUUUGGAGCAUCUAGGCGUUGCAGAUUUUUGCCACUGCUAUUGAUAAUAGUGAAGAUAAAGAUAUUAUCUUAGCACCACGAGAACGAGAUGAUGAAUGCUACCUUCGCGCAAUAGAAGUCAUAUCACAGCUUUUCACGUCGCAAAGCAAGUAGGCCUGACACCUCUCCCAACUAACACCUCUUAAGGUUGCAGAGCAAGUGGCACGAUUUCAUGGUCUCGAACAUCCUGAAAAAGAUAUGGGACAAUCUGUCCCGAGUAUCCUCCGCUGGCUUCGAAACUGGUCUACAAGUGUUAUGAAAAAUGAUAAUGAUGAAAAAUAAUACUCAUUACUCCUUACAACUUCAUGAAUGGGCACAUGACGAUGACUCCUUACUCCCAGUGUAUUAGUAUUGAUAAUAGCUAAUAUAGCGUCUUAGUCUUAGAUACGAGAGAACGGUCGUUGAUGAACUCAUCGAUCAACAUCUAUUCCUAAGUGAGCACAUGCGGCUUCACUUCUCUAAAACUCGUGAAGCCGCAUGGAAAAGGAUGAGGGAAAUGGCUGCGGAUCUUUACAUGGAGGACGAUAUUGGUGGCGAGCUUACUGAUGCGGAUGUGACUUAUGUGAAUUCUUGAAGAUGUUUGAUUUUUUGUGAAUUUCCGAUCGUGGUCCUCGUUUGGCAUCUACUAAAUAGCCGUUAGCACCUUCUAAUUCAUCGCCCUUGCCCGCGAAGCACAAUGGCUUGCAGAGUAUCUCGAAGACCGCAUUGAGAGCAGAAAAAAGUCCCAGACCCACACUGGCUCUCAUGCGUCUGAAACCGCCUCUCGCGACGUAGUUGUAGAUGGCUUACGUUCAGUCUUCUGCCAUAACGACGUACAGGAGAACAAUUUGAUGCUUGUUCCCGGUAGAUGUGCUGGACGACAAGAGGAACAACAUCAAGAUGUCCCUGGAGGUCGUGGUGCUCCUGAAGCAGAAGCGCAGGAUCUAGUUCUUCGUUUGAGCACAUCUUCUUCAUCUGAAGAAAAACGAUCUACUCGAUCAUCUUCAUUUUCAUCUCCAAGCCUUACCCAAAGCCGUCUUCUUCUCCGUAUGAUUGAUUUUGAAUAUGCGGAUAUCAAUCUGGCUGCAUAUGACUUGGCAAACUUCUGGAACGAAUUUGUCCUGGAUUACAACAUCACCCCUGAGGAUGGUGAAGCGGUGACAGCCGUAGGGUUCCGCGUGGACUUUGAAAACUUAAGAAAGAGUAAGGUUUUGCUUUUGCUUUUUAUUUUUUUUGGAGUAGAUCAUACAUGUUCAGGUUGUAGUAAGUAAGUUGUUGUUUGUUCCUGUUGCUGACGGAACAAUAGGUGAAGAGGUAUUCUAACUCUCCUGAGCCAAGAACAACAAAUCAUGCUGAAGGUGUUGAUAAGUAGUAGUGGGAGGAUCAUCGCAUUUGCACCAUAGCAAUCUCUUCUAAUAGACCGACUAACCCCUGAGGGCGAGCGGGCUUUUGUGCGAAAAUACUUGGAAAAUUUGGUGUCGAGAGCAGUACCACUCUCUGACCAGGACGUGGAUCUCUUCGUUGAGGAUACGCAUAUUCUCCAACUGUUAAGAGCGGCUUUCUGAUCAUUUUGACUAGAAAAUUUAACUUCUUCCACUAAGACUAAGUAUGCUCCUCGAUGAUCCUCAUCCUCUUCUAAUAAGACCACUAGCAACUCCAAAAAAAAAUUUGUGCUAGAUUUAAACUUGUUGAACUCCUCCACUGCUAGUACACCUACUAACUCCACUGCUAGUACACCUCCACUGCUAAUACACCUCCACUGCUAGUACACCUCCACUGCUAGUACACCUCCACUGCUAGUACACCUCCACUGCUAGUACACCUACGAGCAAGAGGACUACAGUAUAAUCAAGUUCAUCAGACAUCCUCACUUUCUAAGACUAGCAAGCAAUUUGAUCUGGGGAUUUUGGUCUUUGAUGCGUGCAGAGACGAGUCCGCCACCCUCCGAGACAGGCUUCGACUUCGUGGCCCAUGGGGUCUUCCGGUUCCGAGAAUAUUACCAACAAAAGAAGAAACUUCAGGAGAAGGUCUUGUAGACGGCCUUCUCAAGUAGAAUUAUAGUUUUUAGAUCGACAUUUGGAACCUGCUGUCAGCGGACGUGCCUCCUCGUUAGGGUGUCCCUCUGCCGGGCAGCUUCCCCCAUUACCUCACCCGCGGGUGACGAAGGGGCAAAGCUUUUGGUUGCGCUGUGUGAGUGCCCUAGGCGUUUGCGUAAUCGUUUGCGUAGUUGUACUAGCGCCUGGCCGUUGUGCUUCAGGCUUCCCGCGGGGUAAUUGAGUGGAACCAUUGCAGGAAAUUGUAGACCCAGGCACCAAUGCUAGGCUUUCUUCUAGCUGCAACAACUACUGUAGCUUCUGGGGAAAGGAUGCAGUUGAUGUCAGAGCGGCACCCGAUUGAGAAUUACACUUCAUGGAGACAUAGAGAUGCUGCACGUCCUCACACCUGAAGUAGUAGUACAUUCAGGAAAUGGGGAUCGAUGCCAUCACAUGACAAAGAUGCUACUUCAACAUCUUAGACUUAUUAACUAGGGACAAAGAUGCUACUUCAACAUCUUAGAUUUAUUAACUGAGUACCCUAAACGACCUAGUACUACAAUCUAGUCCUCUCUUCAUUAUUAACUAGGGACGAAGCACAAGCAGGUGCUGUAACGCACCCGUGGAGAAGUGUGCCAUAGUACACACAGCGCAAAUUUCGACAACUGCAACUUGCAGUUGUCGAAGAGGACGCUUUUUUAUAUAGUUGCACAACCUCUCAUCAGAGGUCAACAUUAUCUAAAAAGUGGCCUCCUGCUGUCUCUGUCUGUCACUUACGGGACUCGAGCACUAGCAGAAAGACUCGUGCUUUGGCUCUAUUGAUAAACACUUUCACUUUGUUGUUUGAGAAGAUGUAAAGAUCUUGGUCUUCUUCGGUUCAACUGAUUACUUGCUUGAGAAUCCGCUGACUUCGUGUACAAAAGUAUCUAUUUUUUUAGAGUUGAAGAUCAUGAUGUAGUCAUUCAUCUGUGUUAGUUUGCAAUUGUUCCAUAAUGAAAUAUUUAAGUGCACUCUUCAUUGAAUACUACAUCAAUCCAUGUUCGCGCGCAGCCUAGUCAAGAUGGAACAAAAAAUGUAUCUUACACUUAGACACGAACGUGGUCCGUCGUGAGGACUACGACCCGAACUCUUGGAGUAC